AUCAGAAAUGACUGCUUGUAUGACGGAAAAGCCAGAGUUGUUUCGACUCAGUCCUCAACCUGAACAACCCAGCGGUGACAGGGCUGAGUGGCAGAGUGCCAAGCAGCCGGACCUUCUUGGCGGAGGUGUAAGUCCACGACCUAUCAGAGGUACAUAUUAUUCUCCAGCCUUUAAUCUAAGACCACUUCACUCAUCCCUCCUAGUGUCGUGUGGCCAGCCUUUUCAAUGUGGACCUUUCUCCACUCCUUGCGGCGCCAUUGGGAAUCCUAGGCGAGGAGCAGAGGAGAACGGGGUCUUUAGUCUGCCUGAAGGAGGAGAGAAUAUGUUAGACGCAAGUCUCUUCAGCAAAUCUUACCUUUUAGGAGACAACGGCAGGACUUGUAUCAAACCCUUCAGUCUUGUCUCCAAAGGGGAAACAGAACACUUUCGUAAACACACGUCAAACUGCUGUGAUACUACUUAUUCCUUAGGGACGCCACACCAAGUGAAAACGGUGAGAAACCCCGAAUACCCAAGAUGCCUCCGUAGUCGCCCUGCUCGGAGGUACACCAAUCCAGAAGUGGUACGAAAACAACCGACCUCUGGAGGACUAUUGACGACUUCCUGUGACCUCAUGACUUCUCCUCUUGGUCAGUGCGCGUGUGUCAACCCCGGUACAAGCCACGCGUGCGCACCCAGACUGUCAAGCAAGUCCUCUAUGGGAAUGCUUAAUCCCAUGUUUGAGGCUGAUUUUAGCAGCAAGCAGGAGAACCACACCGCGGUGCCUUCAUCACCCAGGAAACUUUCUCUGGAUCACGGGUCAAAAGCAAAAUGUUCCGGGAAUGCGGACAUUUGCGGAUCACAUCCAUCUAAGCCGUGCAUUUUUCCUUUGCAUGAAGAAUCUCCUAUUGCCACACAAAGUCUUUCAAGAAAUGCACGCGAUCAUUUCAGGAGAGCCUCGGAAUCUUCCUCUGGCAGUAGCGGUCACGGUCACCAACCUUUGUCCAGCGCGUCAUCUGAGGACGGCGCUUCCAAGAGUUCAGGAUCAGGAAAGAAAACGUCUUUACCCGCAAAACUUGAAUAUCUGGGCAGCACCACUCAGCCACAAAAUAGAAAACCGGUUUCUAAGCCAGAAAGUUUUGUUCCAGAAAGUGUUCUUCGAAGUCUAGAUGCUAUCACCUGCACCACACAGGGAGAUGGUUCAGCCAAGAGCAAAACGAGGCCGCCGAUGGUAACGUCUCCCGAUUGGAUCGACUUCCUAACGCCUCCGCAAGACGCUUACACUCAAAGGUUAUUCACACCAGAUAACCUUCACGAUGAACUGUUCUACCCAGCACCCUACGGUCUCAAAUCUGAAGUAUAUCAAAAUCUAAACGCUAGAGAGGCGGAUUUCGUGCUUCAAAAACCUAACAGAAAGCCAAGGACGGAGCCACUGCCUUCCCCGCGUGUCACAGCCACUGCACCUCAGAGGGCAGAGUCCCCAGACGUACAGGAUGGAAUUAUUCCACCACUCGCGACUGAGGAUGAGGAAGCGCUGAAGGAAGGAGCACGUGAGAGCAGAAAAGCCAGUUUAAAAGAGCGUAGAAAGAGCAGCUUGGAAAAGUUAUUCAUUCCCAAGCCAAGUGAAGCCACAGAUCCUAUUUUAAACGUUAAAAUUGAUAACUUUGAUAGGGAGGAGUAUGUCAAGUAUAAGAAAACGCUUAGCGAGACUGAUUCGCUUAUAGCAGAGCGUCUCAAGUUUGCAACAAAAGGCAAGCAGAAUUCUCAAGAUUCUGAUUCAUCUAAUAAGUCAGAUAAUCGUUUAUUAUCUUCCAGCCAAGAACUCCUCAAACCCGAGACAUUACAUGCUAACAAGAGUGUCGAGGAACCAACAACAACCAAAUUAUCUCCUGUCGAUAAGACACACGAGAACCUUCAGGAAAGCAAGGAUAAGAUUCAUGGUACCGCUCCACAAAAUGCAAUAUCCAAUUCCCAAAUGGACACAUUCCUUAUAAAUGAAAUUUUUGAUGUGAAACCAAGAUCACGUAAACAAACUCUUCCACGGCAACGCUCCCUAGAAGAGAAUCAAACCGCCAACAAGGACAACUCUCAGAAGAGAAUUCGUAAACAGUCACUGCCAACAGAAGAACUGUUUGGAAUCAGGAGGAACCAGAACACCAAGAAAUACAGUCUGCACCAGCUGGUGAGCUACUCGGCGAAGGUGAGCACCGCGGCGGUGGGAACAGUAUUCUCUCCUUUGAAUGAGACUAACGAGCCACACACAAUUACGACUAAAGUGACAAAGAAGAAAGCCAAUAGCAUUUCAUUACCCGAACGAGAAAGGCUUAAGAUUGACACGAAAUUCCGUAGCAAGAGUUCAGAGACACGACUACCAAGGAAAGUCUGGCAACCAGAUAAAGGCGAGGCUUUCUUAGCCACUUCUCCAAGGCGCCUCUCCAGUGAAUUGUGUCCCUCUCCUUACAAGGGAACUUCCGCUCAAAUGAAGAAAAGCAGGAAUUUCCCGAGACAAAAAGAUAGGCAAAGUGACUCAUCCCACCAUCACCACCACCACCAUCACCACCACCAUAACCAUCGUCAUCACAGCAGGGAGGGCGCUCACCGCCGCCCUCACAGAACAGAACACCUGCGUCGCCGCCCACGUAAAAGUUCUUCCUCACCUGCUAAUGACAGGGAGAGGAGACAAAAGCCAGCCAGUCACAGGUCCCCGAGGAAGGUCCCAAGGGAGAUGCGCAGGCCGGCAGAGUCCCAUAUUAACCUGGGGGCGCCGCUCAGCCCCUCGGAGCAGGAUAGUGGCGGAGACCUCUUCACCAAUGCUGGAUGCAGUCUUCAGGGUUUGCAGACCUGCGAGGGACGGCCUGUAGUUCCCUACGAGCCUCUUCUGGAUGCACUUACGCCCGAUGACCCGCCGGCAGCCUCAGGAGCCACCAGGAAAGAGUGGCACAGACGGAGGCACCGCAGAGCGAGGAGGCGAGACUUGAGCGAUGAUGAGCUGGACUCUGACGAUGUAUCAUCGUCAUGGUCGUCGUCUACCCUUACAUCCAUCUCAGGGGGAUCAAAUAAGGGCUUGUCGUCAUCAUCGUCGUCGUCGUCAUCGUCAUCCUCCUCGUCGUCAUCUGGCUCAGACUCGUCAUCGUCGUGUUCCAGCUCCUCGUCAUCAGAAUCAUCGACGUCUUCUUCAUCAGACUCAUCGGACAUCGAGGAUCUGAUUCCUUGAUGCGGCGGAGAGUGCACGGCGAGAGGCGGGCACGUCACUCCUACUGCAUCUUAUUUUUCUAUGAAAACUGAUGUAAAACUGGAGAGUACAAGUCGCGAAAGGCUUGUCAAGCUGCUUUAUGAACUUCCUGUGACUCUUGACCCCAUGGGAGGGCGCGUUUCUUUCAUUCUUUUGAAAACAUGAUUGUGUUUUUUCAUUGACAGCUGGUGCGUACCAACCGAAUCAUGGCUUUCAUAUAUAUAUAUAUAUAUAUAUAUAUAUAUAUAUAUAUAUAUAUAUAUAUAUAUAUAUAUAUAUAUAUAUAUAUAUAUAUAUUUGCAACACUGCAGAUUCACUCCUAUCAUGACUUAAGUCUUCAUCGGCGACUAUAAGCACGGACUCGCAUAUAUAAAUAUACCUCAUAUUCACUCACUAUCAAAACUUGGGUACUUUUAACAUUAACAAUGAUAAUCUGAUAACAUUAGAUUCCUAAACAGCCCAUAUUAAGACGUUUCACAUGUACUUGUUAUAUAUCUAGUAUUAGAUUAAAUUUAUCCCUUAUAAAUAUAUAAUGAGGGCUUUAAAAUUAAUUAAGGAGGAUGGUGGGCUGGGUGGGGGGAGGGCAGUAGGGAUUGGGAAAGGCGUCUCUAACCACAGCACAGCCUUGGUGGAGCUGCUGAGCCAUAGUGGAAGCGCAUGACAGUGUUGAUUAGAAGAGCCAGGACAUAUUCUGAUUCAAACAAACCUUUGGUUUGGUCACGACUAUAAACCGAACCUUAAGAUUCAUAUGAUAGUGAAAACAGUCAAGAAAUGUGUAUUGAAGGAUUCAGUAGUUUAAAGAGCAAUGACUGCACACAGGUGCCAUUUUGUACACGCUGCGGAGGGAACUAACUGCCGUUUACCAACAUGUGACGAGCUGAGGGAACACUGUGAUGCCUGCAGGAGAUCGUGGCCAUCAGCAAUGUUCCCUUACAGCUCAUGAAGUUAGUGUCAUGAAAGCAACAAAUAUUCACACGCAGCAACUCAACACACACAAUACAAGCGCAGUCACAGCUGCAGGAAAGUUCUGUUUUCUUUCUUUUUGUCUCGACUUUCCACAGACCACCGCCGCCUUCUGUCUGCGGCUCCCCAGGCUGGCCUUCAGGCGCCAAGGCCUCACACCUUCAGGCGUCGUUGCACUGACGGCGCUUAGAGAUCCUCCCUUUGUAUAUAUAUGCUAUAUGAAAUAAAAAAAAAAAUUCUGUUG